AUGCCACCACCCCGAGGAACCCCCAACAUCAUCGAGGGCCCAGGAGACUACGAUGUCACUAGCACAAUCCACAAUGACACCUACGCUGCCAUCGACCCCUCUAGGCUGAACCUAACCGGUAAAGCCGUACUCAUCACCGGAGGCUCACGGGGCAUCGGCCGCGCAAUGGCCCUGUCAUUUGCAAAGGGCGGCGCGUCAUUCAUCGCUGUUGGUGCGCGGUCAGAUCUGACACAGCUUUCCAAGGGCAUCGCUGCAGCUGCUCAAUCCGCCAACCGUGUUCCUCCACGAUUCCUUGGACUAAAGCUGGACAUUACAGACGAAGGGUCGGUAUCUGCAUGCGCGGCCAGGAUCGAGGAAGCGUGGGGGAAACUCGAUAUCUUGAUCAACAACGCAGGUGUCCUUGGGGAGUAUGGACUAAUAGCCGACUCAGACUCCAAGGGAUGGUGGGAUGUAUUCGACGUGAACAUUCGAGGCGCUUAUCUGGUGACAAAAGCAAUGAUUCCUCUUCUUCUGAAGGGCGACUCCAAUGGCAGACAUGUGGUCAGUGUCACCAGUGUUGCCGCACACCUGUAUAACCCAACGCUCUCGGCCUACGAGAUCUCCAAACUGGGGCUUUGGAAGUUCUCGCAGCUUGUUAAUGUUGAGUACGCCGCAAAGGGGAUUACGAGUUUUGCUGUACACCCAGGGAAUGUUCCCACAGAGAUUAUUGGGGGUCCCGAGGGACUGCCCGAGCAUCAUAAACCUAUCUUUAUCGAGACUCCAGAGCUGGCAGGGGAUUCGAUUGCUUUCCUGACGUCAGAAAAGCGAAGCUGGCUUGGGGGUCGGUAUUUGAACCUCACCUGGGAUUUGCCGGAAUUAAUUCGGAGGGAGGAGGAGAUUGUUGCUCUGGACAAGUUCAAGAACAAGUUUGAUUUCAAUUUGACGGCUGGAGUUAAUGGGCAUGCGCUGGCGUAG